GAUGGUGCGUUCAGGUGCCUCAUACUGAAGGAUUCUCCAACAAUCAUUCCCACUGUGAGGCUGAUUUAAGGACGUCUGGAGAGCCGACAGGGGGCGUCUCCUCCUCUUCCCCCUGCGCACACACACCUCCCCCCACUCCUCCUCCUCCUCCACCUCCACCCACCCCUUCGGUGCGGUGGAAGAAGGAGGUAUUGGGGAUCUCCUCCUAGACAACAAACCCACAUUCAAAAAGAGGGGGCACGCGAAUUACGUCACGCGCCGUGCAGUGGGGAAUAUAUAACGGAGGUGGCUCGGUGACGCUCGGCGCUUUUCUGUCCGGAGGAGACAACCGGAGCAUCACCACCAUCAUGCCGAGUCCGCGCGCACGGAGCCCGAGGAGCUUUGUCACGCACUUUGUCACGCACAAAUAAGUUUUCUUCCCACUGAUGCUGCUGCCGCCGCCGCAGGGAAUCGACUUUUUGCCACUCGUGUCGUGGAUUUCCAUCAUGGGAAAGUGACUUUGACGCACUUUGUUUUGUUUUUUUUUGGAUACGGCUCACGCGUAAUUGCGCACAAGUAAAAGUCGGCAGCUCUCCGUGCGCACUGAUCUCAUCACCGGAGCGUCUGACAUGGAUCAGUCCCAGCAGUGUGUGGCCAUGUAUCUGCUGCUGCUCUCCCUCGGACUUCUCAUGGACAGGGGGAUCUGUCAGCACUACUAUCUCCUGCGCCCCAUCCCGAGUGACAGUCUGCCGCUUGUGGAAUUAAAAGAAGACCCGGACCCGGUGUUCGACCCCAAGGAGCGGGACCUUAACGAGACCGAGCUGAAGAGCGUCCUGGGUGACUUUGACAGCCGCUUUCUGUCCGUGUUACCCCCCGUGGAGGACAAAUACACCGGGAACGACGAGCUCGAUGACUUUGAGAUCCAAAAACCGGGCGGAGGAGGAGGCGGGGUACUGCCCAAAGAAAUCCGCGCCGUGGACUUCGACGUCCAGUUCGGCAAGAAACACAAACCCAGUAAGAAACUGAAGCGGCGGCUGCAGCAGUGGCUGUGGGCGUACUCGUUCUGCCCGGUCGUGUACACGUGGACCGACUUGGGGAACCGAUUCUGGCCGCGGUUCGUGCGGGUGGGCAGCUGCCUGAGCAAAAGGUCGUGUUCGGUUCCGGAGGGGAUGGUGUGCAAACCCGCGAACUCGACCCACCUGACGAUACUGAGAUGGAGGUGCAUGCAGAGGAAAGGUGGGCUGAAGUGCGCGUGGAUACCGGUGCAGUACCCGAUCAUCACAGACUGCAAAUGCUCCUGUUCGAGUUAGAACCGGAACAAAAGACUCAAAAGAAAAAAAUAAAUUAUAAGCUCAUUAUUUUUGUGAUUCUUCUCUCACGUGCACUACCGAGUGUAGGAAUGUAUUUUCUGUAUAUGCGGUGCCAUGCAGUUAUAUAUAGCUCCCUGUACAAAGUCAGUAUUAUUUGUAACCAGAGUCUACUUUUAUUUGUGGAGAAUAUUUGGUUAUAUAUUUUGUAUUUAUGGAGAUAUGGCGCAUAGAGCCACGUAAGGACUUGCUUUGUUUUCCAUAUUUGGAUGAAGCAGCUUGACCUCAGAGUGGAUCCCUGAUCCGGUGACUUUGUUUUAUCCUGUAAAUUAAGGAAAUGUUGCUAUUUAUUCUUUAUAUUCGUACAAUAAAACGACACUGAAAUGA